AUGUUAUGUGAACGUGAAAUCAAGCGUGCACCCCGCGGAGGAUGCUCGCACUUACAGAACCCAACAACAGCCGUGCGUUUUGAGAGAAGACAAGAGACCUUUUCAAACAAACAAGGACGUCAAGGAACCAAGCGACAGCAAUUGGCCGACCACGGAGAGACGACAGAAGGGGGAAAAAAAAAAUCAAAAGUUAGGUCAAGUUUUCUAGUCAACGUUUACCGGCUGCGUUUCCAGCUUUUUCCGUCUGGCUCCUUCAGCGCAGGGUCUCCGGGGCCGAGAGGGAGGCGCGCGGACUCGCGGGCACUUUUUUUCUCCCCCCCCUCACGCAGCUUCAAAUCCCGAGGCGCCUCGCACUCAGAUUUUCAACAAGUGGUGGUGGGGAAACAGUUCCUGGGCUUGCAACCCGUUUUCCCUGCGGUGCCGGGAAGACCCGCCGCCGCCGCCGCCGCCGCCGCCGUCGCCGCCGCCGCCGCCGCCGCCGCCGCCGUCGCCCGAUCGAGCCCCGCGGCGGCCUCCGUGUCCCCCGCCGCGCCCCGUCCUCCUGCGCCGCCUCUGGCGAAGCUCGUAGGCGGUCCCCAGCAACCGCCGAGCAGCCUUGACCAACGGAUCGCGGAGCUAGCAAACGGAUGGCUGCUUCGGCCAAUGGCUAAGGAAGGGCGGGCGUCUCUCUGAGUGGCGGCUGGCGUGCGCCAAUGGUAGCUGGGGGCGUGGGUGGGAGGAGCCGGAAGUGGAGCCAGGCGAGCGGCCCCUGUCCG